CUUUACAUUUCUGACGCGCUCAAACUUCCGCUGCGCAUUUUCAGGUGGAGGCGAGUGGAUGCUGAUGGGGGACAAAAAGGAGACCUGGAAAGUUAAAACUCUUGACGAAAUCUUACAGGAAAAAAAGCGCAGAAGAGAAUUAGAAGAGAAAACCGAUCUUAAGCGGCAGAAAAAUUUCUCCCACGGCGUUGUUCCACAGGCGAAUGAUCGGGAACCGAAACAAGACACUCCGGAGGAAGGAGAACUACGAGAUCAAAGAAUGGAAAUAACAAUUCGUAAUUCCCCGUACGUACGGGAGGACUCAACAGAGGACAGAGGAGAUGAAGAUGAAUCUUUAGCAAUCAAGCCCCCACAGCAGGUAGCGAGGAAGGAAAAAUCCCACCACCGAAAGGAGGAGAAGAGAAAGGAUAAAAGACGUCAACGCAGCCACUCUGCUGAAGGAGCAGGGGGAAAACACGUACGAGCCAAAGACAAAGAAAAAGAGCGAGAUAGCGACCGCAGGAAGCGCCAAUGGGAAGAAGAUAAAGCCCGAAGAGACUGGGAGAGGCAGAAACGAAGGGAACAAGCCAGAGCUCAUUCUCGCAGAGAGAGAAGAAUACUACAAGAACACUCUCCUCCUCCAGCUGUUCCUAGGUCACUAGCGCCUACGGCUAAGGACCGUCUGGAACAGCAGGAGCGCCAGCGGGAGCGAGACCGAAAGAUUCGAGAACAGAAGGAUCAGCGGGAAUUCAAAGACAGAGAGAGAAGGGUGGACGAUCGACACAAAGAAAGAGCGACUCGUCGAGAAAUGCCAUCUCACCAUCGCAUGCUGCCUGAUGAGUACGAUGACAAGAUCAAACCAGCUCACCACAGUCGCAGUCCAAACCGCGGCUCCCGGGACAGGUCCGAGCACAGUGAGCCGCGGAGGCUUCCACGUGAGUUUGCAACAAAAGACGAGAGGCCCGAUAUUCAAGACUUGCUUUCAGACCUCCAAGACAUUAGUGAUGCUGAAAGGAAGACGAGCACAGCAGAAUCCUCCAUGGCAUCAGGGUCGGGAUCUGAAGAGGAGGAGGAAGAUGAUGAGGAAGAAGGCCAAGAUGAGUCCAGCAGCCAGAGUGAGGGUGAGGAGGAGGAAGGGGAGGAAGAGGAGGAGUCUGCCUCGGCCUCGGGGCGGUCUGAGCAGAGUGCUGAGGAUAUAAGCGAGGAAGAGCAGUCAGAGGAAGAAUUUGAAGAAGAGCGGGGAAAUGGAAAGCACAUACCUGCAGUUCCAGAAUCACGAUUCGACCACGAUUCUGAGGAAAGUGGAGAGGAGGAAGAGGAGGAGGAGGAAGAUGAAGAAGAGGAAGAGGAGGAAGAAGGCAAAGAGGGCAUAGCCACCCCUCAGUCCCAAACUCAUUCCCACUCCGCUACGCCCGAGGAGAACUACAUCCCAGAUUCCCCUCCAGUUUCACCGGUGGAGCUGAAGAAGGAGCUGCCCAAAUACCUGCCGGCUCUGCAGGGUUGCCGGAGUGUCGAAGAGUUUCAGUGUCUGAACCGAAUAGAGGAGGGAACCUAUGGAGUGGUUUACCGAGCAAAGGACAAGAAGACCGAUGAGAUUGUUGCCCUGAAGAGACUGAAGAUGGAGAAGGAGAAGGAAGGCUUUCCCAUCACAUCUUUAAGAGAGAUUAACACAAUCCUCAAAGCUCAGCAUCCAAAUAUCGUCACAGUCAGGGAAAUAGUAGUUGGAAGCAAUAUGGAUAAGAUCUACAUUGUGAUGAACUAUGUAGAGCAUGACCUGAAGAGUCUAAUGGAAACCAUGAAGCAGCCCUUCUUGCCUGGUGAAAUAAAGACACUUAUGCUUCAGCUGCUUCGGGGAGUCCGACAUCUCCACGACAACUGGAUCCUCCAUCGGGAUCUUAAGACGUCUAACUUGCUGCUGAGCCAUAAGGGAAUCCUCAAGAUCGGGGACUUUGGUUUGGCGCGGGAGUACGGUUCUCCCCUCAAGCAGUACACUCCUGUUGUCGUGACCCUGUGGUACCGAUCUCCAGAGCUGCUGCUUGGAGCCAAGGAGUACUCUACAGCUGUGGACAUGUGGUCAGUGGGCUGCAUAUUUGGCGAGCUCCUCACCCAGAAACCUCUUUUCCCUGGAAAGUCUGAAAUCGACCAAAUUAACAAGAUUUACAAGGAUUUGGGGUCGCCCAGUGAGAAGAUCUGGCCAGGCUACAGUGAAUUGCCUGCUGUGAAGAAGAUGAGCUUCACAGAGUACCCCUACAAUAACCUGCGAAAGCGCUUUGGAGCCCUGCUGUCCGACCAAGGCUUCGACCUCAUGAACAAAUUCCUUACCUACUGCCCCGGUAAAAGGAUCUCAGCUGAUGAGGCUUUGAAGCACGAGUACUUCAGGGAGACGCCCCUCCCCAUCGACCCCUCAAUGUUCCCCACCUGGCCGGCCAAAAGCGAGCAGCAGAGGGUGAAGAGAGGCACCAGCCCUCGUCCACCCGAGGGAGGCCUGGGCUACAGUCAACUGGGUGAUGAUGACCUGAAAGAAACCGGUUUCCACCUGACAACCAGCAACCUGGGAGCCUCAGCUGUCGGCCCCGGAUUCAGCCUCAAGUUCUGAUCCGGAACCUGCAGGACUUUUUUUUUUUUUUUUUUUUUAUCUGCCUCACUGAGAGGAUCAAAGCAAAGAGUUCUGGGACUUGUUUGUUUGAAGCCGGACGGUUUGCUAUAAUGGGUCAGAUCAGUAUCUGCCAAACAACUGUUAUCAGAUACUCUGGACUGUCUUUUACAGCGUGACUCAUUUUAUUUGGAAAUCUCUUUAUUCUUCUGCGAAUUUACAGUUUCCAAAGUGACUGUUUACCCUCUUGAACAGGAAUCAACCAUUAGAAGUUUCAGUUCUUGUAUUUGGUUGUUUUUUUUCUGGCCUCCUGAACUACUGUAGAUUGAAACGGAUGCUGUAGGAACCUUCCAGCAUUAUGUCAGAUUUAAUGACCAAUCUCUGACGUGACGUUUGCCCGACAAUGUUUUUAUAAGAAAUAAAGAUUGAAAGUUUG